GUUCGGUUUCGCACACGAGCAGCGGCGGCGAUGUCUGGAGGCGGCGGGAACCCCGUGUCGAUGCAAUGGAAGUAUCCGCCGGACCUGCUCUUCAACGACGAGAGUUUGCUGGACAUCAUCUUGGGCCUUCGCACCAAGAUCGAACUGCUCGAGAAGAACGAAAUGGGCACGGGGGAGAUUCCGCAAUGGCUCGUCGACGCCAUGCAGAACAUUGCCAACAACUCCGAGGCGAUGGUCGAGUGCCAGAGUCUCAAAGACCAGCUCAAGUACAUGAAACAAAACAUCGACGCCUUGCAAAAGGAUAUUGUGAUCCUUCGGAGAGAUGUCGUGGCGGCCAAGACGUUGUCCAAACGGCGCGGUGGCGUCUCGCGCGGCGGCGACGACGAGCCGGAUCGAAGCGAGCAGUCGUCUCGCCGAGGCUCAGUCUUGUCGGCAGAGAUCCGACGGGGCAUCACGGUCGCGGGCAUCAACUCGACCAACGACACCAUCCACAACGGCAACGCCAUGCCGACGAUCGUAGGCGGGGGCGACACCAGCCAACCCAACACGAGCCGGCAACCGUCCAGUGUGGCCGAAGAAGCGAUGAAGCUGACCGUGGCGCUUCAAGGCCCGUCGGACGGCGGUCAGGCCAUCUCGUCCGCGGCCAUGGAGCAGCUCCUCGAGCCCGUCGUGCACAGCAUCGAGCGUCAAAAGGAAGAGUUUGCAGUCAUGCGGGAGAACUCCCAGGCCGCGAAAGACAGCGUCAUGCGCCUACAAGCGGAAAUGAAACGCCGCGACGCGCUGAUCCAGGCGCGCAACUCCAAGCACGAGGCCGGCGUCAAGAUCCUCAUGGACAAGCUCAACCACGACCUGCGGGCGUGCGUCACGCACAACGAAAUGAUCGGGUUUGAGCAAAAGAUCAUUGUCUUGCAGAAGCAAGAAGUGAGCCGGCUCACGGACGAGUUCAGCGCGCUCUUUGGCCGCGUGCAAGAAGAUCUGUACAUGGUGCGAAGCUCACAAGAGGACAUCAACAGCGCGCAGGCCGAAGCCGUGCAAACCAACCAGAGCAAAAUCCAAGUGCUCAAUGAACGGCAAGACGAGAGUCAGCGCAACCAAGACCGAUUUGCUCGCACCACUGAAGAACUGAAACGCAAUAUUCAAAGCGAACAUCAGCAAAUCCAAACGAUCGUCACGCAAUACGGCGUGAUGAAGGACAAGCUGCAAGCGUUGGCGGAAAAGCAAGCCAAAACCGAAGUGUUUUGCUCGGAUAUGUCGCAAGCUCUGGAAAACGUCAACAUGAGCAAAGUCAAAUCGGACGAAAACCUCAAGCUGGUGAUCCAUCAACGAGCAGAGUCACUGUACAAUGAAAUCAAGCGCAUCGACGACGUGCUAGAGUCGUGCUCGCUGGCGACGAUGGCGGACGACAUGAAGUUUUGCACGGAGAAGCUGGGGGUCGUGGGCACGUUGGCCGACGACAACAAGAAGCGCAUCUCGACGGUGGAAGUCAAGAUGGCCGAUAACGAGACCAUUUACAACACCAACUUUUCCAACAUCUACGAAGGUAUGGAGAAGGCGCGCAAGGAAUCGGUCGAGGCGCUGCGACGGGAGACCACGCGCAUCGGCGUCAAGUUGGUUGAGCACGGCGACGUCCAAGCGCAGCUCGGCAAGUUCAUCACGGACGUCAAGACGGAGGCCGAGCGCAACUUUGCCGCCAUGCGGACCAAGCACGAAAACCACGAGCUCGAGACCGACGCAAUGCGAGCCAACACCGAGUCGGCGCUGCAAAACCUCAAGGAGAAGAUCUUUUUCUGCGAAGAAGCCAACUUGGCGCUUCGGGCGGCCAGCGACACGAUGCAGCUGGAAACCAAAAGUGCGUUUCAAACAAUCAACACCGAGAACAAGAGCAUGCACACGAUUUUGGACUCGAUGAACUUGACGUUUGAAGAUGUGGGCCACAAGCAAGCGUCGAUCGAAAAGCAACUCGACGUCUUGCAGCACGACUUCCGGUGUGAGAUCACCGUGACGACGGCAAAACUCAGCGAAGCCGUGGCCAAGGAAGGCCAGCGCACGGAGGCACUGUACGCAGCGUUUGCCGAGAAGCAGGCCAAGUUCGCCGAGAUUGUGGCCAAGUCCAGCACGCGCAACAUGCCCAUCGCGAGCGUCAACAAGGAGCUCGAUAAGUUGUGCGACGCGAUCGUGAGCGAGUGCUGGAAAUUUGAAAUCUCCCCACGCCAGGAAGGCCAAAGCGGAACGCCGACCAGAGGCGACAACAACGGGUCGUCGCGCAAGCAGUUCUCGGAGCGGCAGCAGGUGUGGGUGGUCAAGAACUGUCAGUUCUUUGCCGAUUUGAUAUGCGCCAAAGCCGAAUACGACGUCAUGCGCAGUUAUUCCAACAAAGAGACCAAAACCCAAGGCGCGCUCGAGGCCAAGAUGCUGCGGAUGCAGAGCGAGAUCCUCGAGAAGCUUCAGUUGCGCAUCGAAGCCAAAGUCUCCAACAACAAGAACUGCGGCGAGCAGUUUGACCGCAGCACCCUGGAGCGGCGCGAAGUGUUUAUCGAAACCAUCCAAAACCUCACAGAUGGCGCGUUGGCUCGUCGGACGCUGGUCGGGGGCGGCGUGUCGUCGGAAGACAGCACCGCGGGCCGCGGCAGUGUCAUGACAUUGGAUGGAAGUCUCUCGUGUGUGGAGAGCGUUCGGCUUCAAGGCACGGGCCGUCCAUCGACGAACGGCUUUGAAAGCCCCAGCUCCCGCGCCAAGAAGCGCUUGUCGGACGUAGGAGCUCGGCUGGACUCGACUUCUACGGGCGACUCUGGUCCGGGGGGGCGUCGCAUGAUCCAGUCGCCGCAUGCCAACUCGCCGUUUGUGUUUCGCGGGGGGUUUCGCAUCCCGAACCGCAACACGGGUCUAAACGCCGUCUCAGACGCGUACAGGUAUCGAGUCUAUAUUUGGCAUGUGGUUGAAAAGCGAUGGGGAAUUGUGGGACAGGGAACUGCAUGCAGAAGACGAGAAUGCGACAGACGAGAUUGAAUCGAACGACCAAGGCAUCAUCCAUGGCGAACUCAGCAUGACGCCGUCCGUGUCGUUGCCGGCGUUGUAAACACAAUACACGAAAAAACACAAUCGGUGGAAUUGUGCCGAUGAUCCUACGGUUUCUACGCCGACAACUUGUCCGCGCGGCGGAACAACGUGUCGACAAUAUGGCCGACGUUUUCAAUCACCCCGAGGCCCGCCUUGUACGUUUUCUAGCGUGCCACGUGUCAGAUACGGAAGAAUGUAGGUUGGUGAGUUU